UCUGUCUCGGUCGACCGUUCUCCCUCCUUCUCAGACACCCUCUCUCUCUCUCGAUCUCCUUCCGCUUCGUUCACACUCCCGUCCCGCAGUGGCUAAAGGGGAUAUAAGGCGCGCGCGGCAGGUACAGUCAGCGUAGCAGCAGCAGCAGCGGCCGCCGCCACCACUGAUCCUCGCGUUCCCUGAAAAAAUAUUCGGACGUCGCCGCCGUCACCAAGAGUUCCAUCACAAUGGCAUUAUUCUUCCGCAUCAACAGUCGACGUUGCCUCGAGCUCCAGAAAUUGAGCAGCGGCGUGGGAAUUCGCUCGCUCAGCGAUGCCUCGGUCGACUUAAAAAAAAUCAUAGCCGAUAAGAUACCGAAGGAGCAAGAGCGCAUCAAGGCUUUCCGUAAGAGUCACGGCUCGAAGAAGGUCGGUGACAUCACCGUCGACAUGAUGUACGGUGGCAUGCGAGGCAUUAAGGGUCUCGUAUGGGAGCCCUCUGUCCUUGACCCCGAGGAGGGUAUCCGCUUCCGGGGCUUGUCCAUACCGGAGUGCCAGAAGCUCUUGCCGAAGGCCACGAACGGCACGGAGCCUCUGCCGGAGGGUCUGUUCUGGUUGCUCUUAACCGGCGAUGUGCCCAAGGACGCCCAAGUGAAGGCCAUUUCCGAGGAGUGGGCUUCUCGUAGCGCAUUGCCAGUUCAUGUUACCAAAGCUCUCAAUAACUUCCCCAAGACGCUUCACCCGAUGAGUCAAUUCUCCGCAGCUAUUACCAUCCUCAACAGCGAGAGCGAAUUCGUCAAAGCUUACAGUUCCGGGGUGCACAAGUCCAAAUACUGGGAGACCACCUACGAGGAUACGAUGAACCUCAUCGCCAAGCUGCCUGUCGUCGCUGCAACCAUCUACAGGAACAUCUACAACGACGGAAAGGGUAUCGGUUCGGUGGACGCAGGCAAGGACUGGUCCUUUAAUUUCUCCACGAUGCUCGGCUACGAUGACCCGGACUUUAUCGAGCUGAUGCGUCUCUACUUAACCAUCCACGCGGACCACGAGGGCGGCAACGUCUCGGCCCAUACGACCCAUCUCGUCGGUUCGGCCCUCUCUGACCCCUACCUCUCGUUCGCCGCGGGCAUGAACGGUCUCGCCGGGCCUCUACAUGGCCUCGCCAACCAGGAAGUGCUCGUCUGGUUGCAGAAGCUCCGCGGGGAGAUCGGCGAUAAUCCCAGCGACGAGGAACUCAAGAACUUCAUCUGGAAGACUCUCAAGAGCGGGCAAGUCGUGCCCGGGUACGGACACGCCGUGCUCAGGAAAACCGACCCGAGGUACACCUGCCAACGGGAAUUCGCCCUUAAGCAUCUGCCCGACGACUCCUUGUUUAAGCUGGUUUCGCAAGUGUACAAGGUGGUGCCGCCCAUCCUCCUGGAGACGGGCAAGGUUAAGAACCCGUGGCCAAACGUGGACGCCCACUCUGGUGCUCUCCUUCAACACUACGGCAUGAAGGAGAUGAAUUACUAUACAGUACUAUUCGGCGUAUCGCGCGCCCUUGGUGUCCUUGCCAAUCUCAUCUGGGCCCGCGCUCUUGGCCUACCGAUCGAGAGGCCCAAGUCCUUGAGCACCGACCAACUUAUAAAGUCCAUCAAUGUCUAAAGUGACCAACCGACCAGUCCUCCCCAUCCCAUUUUCCUCCCACGAAAAAAUUAACGAAACUUGAAAUCCUUCCGCCGCUGAUGAAACACCUUCGACAAAAGUCGUAGCGAGCGAACGCGUUUCUCAUCCUCUUGACCGUAGGCCGAGGAAAUUUCUUAUCUGUUCCUCAUAAUUGACGCAAGUGGUAUUUAUUUUUCAUUAUGCGUUCUGUGCUUUCUUGGUAUCAAAGAAGUGCGACGUUACCGAGAGCAAGAUGACAGACAAGGAAAUAAUUAUAAAAAA